AGGAGGCGGGAUUCCGAAGAGCCAAUACCGUACUAUAAAAUCACAAAAAAAUGAAAUGAAAAACCACUCCUUCAUUCUACUUCUCUAAGAAUCGCACCUGCUCUUCUCGACAGCCUGCUACCAGCUUAAUUUUUCAUGGAUAUCGACCCCGAAGAUGUUUUUGGCGACGACGACGACCCCGAAAAUGAAUUCUACCAGGAGAGAAAUGCCACUAAAGAGUUUUUGGUGUAUUUGGUGGACGCUUCCCCAAAAAUGUUCUCCACCACUUGCCCUUCAGAAGAUCAGAACGAUAUUAGUCACUUUGAAGUUGCUGUCAGUAGCAUAUUGGCGUCCUUGAAGACUCAAAUUAUCAAUAGGUCUUAUGAUGAAGUCGCAAUAUGCUUCUUUAACACUAGGGAAAAGAAGAAUCUGCAGGACUUGAAUGGUGUAUAUGUUUUUAAUGUUCCUGAACGAGAGGAUUUAGAUCGACCAACAGCCAGGCUUAUCAAAGAAUUUGACUACGUACAAGAGUCAUUCAGUAAACAAAUCGGGAGCAAGUAUGGCAUCUUACAGGGAACUCGUGAUAAUUCUCUUUACAAUGCUCUUUGGGCUGCACAAGCACUGUUACGGAAAGGGUCUACCAAAACAGCUGACAAAAGGAUUUUGUUAUUUACAAAUGAAGAUGAUCCUUUUGGGAAUAUGAAGGGAGUGACAAAACUGGAUAUGAUGAGAACAACAAUACAACGUGCCAAAGAUGCUCAAGAUCUUGGAAUCUCAAUUGAACUCCUUCCCUUGAGUAAACCAGAUGAUGACUUCAAUGUGUCUACUUUUUAUGCUGACUUAUUGGGAUUAGAGGGAAAUAAUCUGGCUGAGUUUAAGGCCUUAGCUGCUGAAAGAUUUGAGGACAUAAAAAAUCAGCUGAGAAAGCGUAUGUUCAGAAAACGCAAAGUUCGAAGAAUUAACUUCAUCAUUGCUGGCAAAUCCAUUGAACUAAAUACAUAUGCUCUUGUUCGUCCAACCAAUCCUGGGAAUAUCACUUGGCUCGAUUCAGUUACCAACCUUCCUAUAAAGGCAGAGAGAUCGUUCUUCUGUUCAGAUACUGGUGCUCUGCUGCAGGAUCCUCCAAAAUAUUUUCAGACUUACAAAAAUGAAAAUAUCAUGUUCACAGCCAAUGAACUUUCUGAAAUCAAGAGGGUGUCUACUGGGCAGCUUCGUCUCCUUGGUUUCAAGCCUUUAAGUUGCUUAGAAGAUUACCACAACUUGAGACCAUCCACCUUUCUUUUUCCUAGUGAUGAGGAAGUGGUUGGAAGUACUUGUAUUUUCAUUGCUCUACAUAGAUCCAUGUUGCGGCUGAAGCGAUUUGCUGUUGCAUUUUAUGGAAGUUCCACACAUCCACAAUUAGUUGCAUUAGUUGCACAAGAUGAGGUAAUGAGUCCCAGUGGUCAGAUUGAGCCACCUGGAAUGCAUAUGAUAUAUCUUCCAUAUUCUGAUGAUAUCAGACCCAUUGAAGAGUUACACACUGAUACAACUCAUUUGGCACCCCGAGCAUCUGAAGAUCAAAUAAAGAGUGCCUCUUCGUUACUGAAGCGCAUUGAACUGAAAAACUUUUCAGUAUGCCAAUUUGCGAACCCUGCCCUGCAGAAACACUAUGCUGUGUUACAGGCUCUAGCUCUGGAUGAAGAUGAAAUGCCUGAUGUCAAGGAUGAAACGCUUCCCGAUGAAGAAGGCUUGGCCAGACCGGGUGUUGUGAAAGCAUUAGAAGAGCUCAAGAUUUGCGUGUAUGGAGAUAACUUCGAACAGGAGAAUGACGUGAUGGGCAGUGAAAAAACAAGUGAAGCCUCCAAAAAAAGGAAAGCAAUUGCCGAUCAUGCAACUAAGGAGUAUGCAAACUAUGAGUGGCCUAAACUUGCGGACAAUGGAAAGUUGAAGGAGUUGACAGUGUCAGAACUGAAGUAUUACCUGAAUGUACACAACCUUCCGGUUACUGGCAAGAAGGAAGCUCUGGUCAGCAGGAUCUUGACUCACAUGGGUAAAUAAAUCAAGGAUUUUGAUAUUUUGGGAACUCGAGGAUUUUGCCAUUAUUAUCCACUAUAAUAUCUACCAAUCAUAGAGGUUUGAACAUCUUAAUUUGUCUUGUCCAAAAUUUAUUACUCCAAUAUGUAUCAGGUUUAUAACUCUCUAUGUCAGUUUUUCGCUAUCUUA